AUGAAUUACGUGGGUCAGCUGGCCGGUCAGGUUUUCGUGCAGGUGAAGGAGCUGUACAGAGGUCUUAAUCCUGCCACUCUGUCUGGCUGUAUCGAUGUCAUUGUGGUGCGUCAGCCUGAUGGCACACUGCAGUGCUCACCGUUUCACGUCCGAUUCGGCAAGAUGGGUGUGCUGCGCUCCCGGGAGAAAGUGGUUGACAUUGAGAUAAAUGGGGAGCCGGUUAGUUUACACAUGAAACUGGGUGAAAAUGGAGAGGCGUUCUUUGUGAAAGAAACAGAAGAUGAUGGGGAGAUGGUUCCGUCCUACUUGGCUACAUCGCCCAUCAUUUCUGAAGGCUCUGCUCUAAUGCAGGCCCAAAUGGGUAAAGGCACGUCCCGCCUGUCUGAAUCUGGAAACGGAACCACCAUUCAAACCCUGGGCCCCAUGCAGCCCCCUGGUGACAGUUCAAUAAUGAAGAAAAGGAGGAAAAGGAGAAGAAAAUCUAAAGUAGACAGCAUGAAGCGUGAGGACAAUGGAGACUCAGAAGACGAGGACAUGUUUCCCAUCGACAUGAGUUCUGAUGAUGAUGACACAGAGGCUUCAGGCAGCAGAGCAAUGUCGCAUGAUUUGUUCGCUGAGCAGCUGAAAGGAGCAAGCAACACAUACAUGCAGUCUGAAAGGAACUGGGCUGGUGUUCAAAGCACCGGCUUGGAGAAGACCUGCUCUUUACCCAUUCCCACCAAUACAGGAUUAUCCAUCUCCUGCCCUCAACAAUCAGCGAUGUUCCACAGAACAGACAGUCCAAAUGGCUCCUUGCCAUCUACACCUAAGAGUGAUUCAGAGUUGUUGGAUAGUCAAAGAAACAAAGGAAAACCAGACAAUCCUGAGAUGCUGUGGACAUGGGGAGAGCUGCCUCACGCUGCUAAGCCUUCAUUCCGGCAGCCGCUACCAGAGCCCAUGGUGGUCACCCCAAAGUCAAUACCGCGAUCUGAAAGCACGCACUUCAGAGCCAUCACUGGGGAUGGGAUGGUGGAGUCUCGGGGCAGUGUUAUGUAUGUGCCUGAUAUCAGAACUGAAGAGGCAACAUCUACCCCGGUUGAAGAAGUGGAGCCCAUAAGUGUAGUCGCUCAUCUGAUCACAGAACUCGAGGACGGCCGUCACAGUCCUGGAGCUCAUGCCAUUAGCAAGACGGACUCUCCAUCCAAAAGAAAAGACAAGAGAAGCCCACACCUGGGAUCAGAUGGAGUAUAUCUGGAUGACAUCACAGAGUUGGAGCCUGAGGUGGCGGCCUUGUACUUUCCAAAAAGUGAUGGAGCAACAUCUUUGAGGAGUGGAGCAGAUUCUAGAAGUGCUAAUCAGUCUCCUCAGUCAGUGGGCAGUAGUGGAAUGGACAGUGGGGUGGAAAGCUUUUCUGACCAGUUAGGAGACUUGCCUCACAUUGCGAUCUCUCUAUGCGGAGGUCUGUCAGAAAACAGAGAGAUCACUAGAGAGGAAUUUGAGGAACGUGCAAUAUCUUAUCAGGAGUUUGCAGAUAAUCCCGCUAUCAUUGAUGAUCCCAACUUGGUUGUAAAGAUUGGAACUAAGUAUUACAACUGGACCACAGCCGCUCCUAUUGUACUGGCAAUGCAGGUUUUUCAGAAGCCCUUGCCAACGGCCACAGUAGAGAACAUCAUGAAGGAGAAGAUGCCCAAGAAAGGAGGACGCUGGUGGUUCUCGUGGCGCGGAAGAAACAGCAGCUCCAAAUCGGAAUCAGCAGCAGACCAGAUUGAAUGUGGAGAUGAGUCAAUAAGAACAGGAUCUGUCAGCAGAUUAAAGGAUGAAUCCUCAUCCAGUGAAGAUGACAGUGGGGGUGCUAAACAGAUUGCUGUGAUGAAUCAGCCUGAAGUUCUCCAUAGCUCUGGAGGCCACUGCUACAGAAAGACACUUCGUUUGUCCCCAGAACAGCUAGCCAGUCUGAACUUAAAAGAUGGCCCCAAUGAUGUGGUUUUCAGCGUCACCACCCAGUACCAAGGCACCUGCCGUUGUGAGGGCACCAUUUAUUUGUGGAACUGGGAUGACAAAAUAGUGAUUUCAGAUAUUGAUGGCACCAUCACAAGGUCUGACACCCUGGGACACAUUUUACCAACUCUGGGAAAAGACUGGACACAUCAGGGCAUUGCCAGACUUUAUCACCGAGUAAGCCAGAACGGCUACAAGUUUAUGUACUGUUCAGCUCGGGCGAUUGGCAUGGCUGAUAUGACCCGAGGUUACCUGCACUGGGUUAAUGAAAGAGGCACUAUGCUACCAAUGGGACCUGUGCUGCUUAGUCCUAGCAGUCUAUUCUCUGCAUUUCACAGGGAGGUCAUUGAGAAGAAGCCAGAAAAGUUCAAAAUCGAAUGUCUGACUGACAUUAAAAACUUGUUCUAUCCAAACGCAGAACCCUUCUAUGCUGCUUUUGGAAACAGGGCAACAGAUGUUUAUUCAUAUAAAGAAGUGGGAGUGCCUUUGAACAGAAUAUUCACUGUGAAUCCUAAGGGAGAGCUCAUUCAAGAACAUGCAAAGACCAACAUAUCAUCUUAUGGUCGUCUGUGUGAGGUUGUGGAUCAUGUCUUUCCUCUUCUGAUCAGAGGGAACACCACCGACUUCCCCUGUUCAGACACAUUCAGCCAGUUCACCUUCUGGAGAGAACAGUUACCAGAAGUAGAAAAGCAGGAUCAACAGGCUUGA